GGCUGGGCCUGGACUUUGAACCGGCCCAGGCCCGGAAAGUCUGAACUCUGAACUCGCCCGGGUGCUGUGAGCUACGGCUGAGCUGAGCUAGGGCUCCGGCGAGGCUACGCAAUGUCCUCCGCGGCGGCGCGGCUGCGGCAGGAGCUGGCGGCGGAGGGUCAGAGACAUCUGGAGGAGACCAUCGCCGCCGCGUCCCAGAUCCUCGCCUCCAUGAACGACGAGCUCUGCAACCCCGCGCUAUGGUCCUCCGCCUCCGCCGGGUCCCAGAGCCAGCACCCCAGCCACCACGCUGCUGCUACUCCCCCGCUGCACUCCGCCGACUCCGACGCCGCUGGCGCCGCCGGAGGGGGCGUGGGGGGAGCGCCGGGCUCCGGCGGGUCGCUCGACGAUGCGAGGCACCGGUACAAGUCCGCCGUGGCGGCGCUGCGAGCGUCCAUCGCCGCCGUCUCAUCCUGCGCUCAGGACAUGGGAUCAACAGUAUUCAUAUCUGACCAAGCUGAGGUUGAGAGAUUGGAAGAGCAUGCAUCUUCUUUGAGAAAGGAAAUUGAAAGCAAAAACAAGCAAGUAAAGCUCCUCAUGGAUCAGCUCCGUGACCUAAUAACUGACAUAUCAAUGUGGCAGAGCCCUUGCUCAGUGUGAAAUGUCAGGCUAAUCACUUCAAGUCUGAGGUCGCAGCUGGUUGUGUGUUAAAGGCGAUAUUGUGUAUGCUCAGUCCCUAAUCUCUCUGAAGGGAAAACAGAUAGGAUAUGACUGGAUCGUACGAAAAAAUUACAAUGAUAAUAUUGAUUAGCUAGUGAUGCGGAUGAAGAUAAGAUGUAUGUUGGGCACGAAUGCUGUUUUGGAUAUAGCAGUAGAUAUGCAUAUCGUUUUCUAAAACUGAUUUCUUCACAUU